AUGGCUAGAAUCAGAAGCAAGUUCGAGAAAGAACUAAAGGAAAAGCUGUCUCAGAAAACCCCUGGAAAUUUAAGCGAGGAAACAUUUCUACUUAAGACUUUUCGAUUUUUUGACUUACUCCACCCCCAAAAAAAAAUUGGAAAAUAAUAUGUAAAAUUUGUAUUUUUAGGGACUCAACGCCAUUUAACUUGGAAUAAUUUAUUUUAAUAGUAAAAGUGCAACUAGAAUGUUUUUAAACAGUUUUUACACUGAAUAAAUUAUUUUUUUUACUUUAUAAAAAUAAAUUAAAAUAUAACUCAACUUAUAUUUGUUCAAAUUUUAUACAGAAAAAUAUUUUUUAAAACAAAAAUGAAAGGCUAGAAUAUUAUUUUUUAUAAAAUUAUUUUGAGCUAAUUUAAUGAAAAAAUCCAAGUAGAAUGUUAUUUAAACAGCGUUAUAGUGAAGAAUUAAUUCAAAAAAAUUAACGAUUAAUAAAAAUAAAUUAAAAUUCAAAGAUUUGCAAAUUUAUAUUUUUUUCAAAUUUUAUAAAAAUAGUUUUGACCUUAUUUAAUGGAAAAAGUGCAAGUAUACUGUUAUUUAAAACAAUUUUCGCAUUGAAUUGAUUAAUUUUAUUAAUUAAUUCAUAAAAAUAAAUUAAUCUCCAAAGUAUUGUGCUUUUUCAAUUUAAAAAAUAUUUUUAUAGAGAAAAAUUUAAUACAAUCCCCUUUAAAUUGGAACAGGGAUUUUUUGUUCAAAUUUAAAGAGGGAGAGUUAGACAACUCCAAAACAGUUUCAAAACAAGAGUGGGUUCGCGCCAUUGAAAAAAUUGGUGUAAUUGUGGAUGAUCCUCAACAGCUUGAUGAGCUUUUUGAUAUUUAUGAUGAAAGUAAAGACGGGUUUCUGGACUAUAGAGAAUUUAUAGCAAGCAUCUUUGGGCCUGAUUCGUCAGUUGGAAAACAAAUAUCUCCACAAAAAGUGUUGAGACCUUCAGAACAGCAGAGAGCUGAAGAAUUACUAGAAGCUAUCAGAGAAAAGCUAAUAACAAGAGGAUCAAGGGGCUUAUUAGGCCUUGCUAGACAGUUCAAAAUUAUGGAUGAUAAUGAUUCAGGGACUUUAGAGUUAGAAGAAUUUGUAAAGGCUUUUAGGGACUAUAGAGUUUCUAUGUCUGAAGAAGAUGCACAGCUAUUAUUUAGCUAUAUUGAUAGAGACAAUAACAAUACAAUCGAUUAUAACGAAUUCCUCAGAGCUUUAUCAGGCCCUAUAAAUCCCUUUAGAAAAAGUUUAGUCAUUCAAGCCUUCAAAAAGCUAGACUUAGAUGGCAGCGGUGCUAUAGAUAUCAACGAUAUUCGACAGCUCUACGACGCCAAAAAUCACCCAGAAGUAAGAGCAGGCCGCAAAAACGAAGACGAAGUCCUUAACGAAUUUCUCGACACUUUUGAAAUGCAUCACAAUAUGGGUGCCUCAAGAGAUGGAACAGUCACUUAUGAAGAAUUUGAAGAAUACUACAACAAUAUUUCAGCUGGCAUUGAUAAUGACCAAUACUUUGAAGCCAUGAUGAAUUCCACUUGGAAACUGACCCCGCCUCCUGAGUACACCAAAAAUAAAGCAUGGUCUUCACAACAAGAAGAAUACUCCAAGCCUACAAAUAGAGCUCCAAAGCCUGAAUUAACUCAAAGAAGGCCACCAGGCGCUGAAGCAAGCUUAGACAGACUAAGGAAAAAAUUAGCAAGUCGAGGUGCAAGAGGAAUUCUUGGGCUUGCGAGGCAAUUUAAGAUUAUGGACGAUGAUGGCUCUAGAAGUCUUAGUCUGAAUGAAUUUAAAAAAGCUUGCAGAGACUAUAGAGUUGGCAUUGAUGAAAAUGACGUAGAAAUUGCGUUUGCUGCGAUAGACAGAGAUAGAAGUGGGGAAAUCGAUUAUGAUGAGCUUCUAAGAGCUAUCAGAGGCCCUAUGAAUCAGUUCCGCCGAAACUUGGUUGAACAGGCUUAUAAUAAGCUUGAUAGAGAUAAAAAUGGUUUAUUAGAAAUUGAAGAUAUAAGAAAUGUUUAUUCAGCUUCUAGACAUCCAGAUGUCAGGAGCGGCAAAAAAUCAGAGGAAGAAGUGCUCGGAGAAUUUUUAGAAACUUUUGAAAUGCAUCACAAUAUCAGUGACUUGUCGAGGAGAGACAGAAAAAUUACUAAAGAAGAGUUCAUGGAGUAUUAUAAUAAUGUGUCAUCAAGUAUUGAUGAAGAUGCGUAUUUUGAGCUUAUGAUGAAUAAUGCUUGGAGACUUAAAGAUCAAGGACCUAUCAAAGAAGCCUGGAGCAAUGUGACUAAUACAUCUCACCACAGGCAGCAGUGGCUUGCAGACCAUCAUCGCAGUCAGUUCGGUGGCAGUGUCAGCUCAACUGCGCCAUUUGGGACGUCAGACGAGCCAAUGGAUUGGUCUACCACCUUACGGCCAGCUAGAAAUGAAGAUGUCGACCUUAUUUCAAUAGCUGCCAAUAUUCCAGCAGCUGGCGCACCUACAUGGUCAAUCACUUCUCCAUCCAACUCUACAAAUCAGCCACCCCAAAAUGAAGCUCCAGAAGAACUCCUGAAUGAAUUACGAGAAAAACUAGCUAAUAGAGGAGCACGUGGCUUUGUAGGGCUUAGCAGACAAUUUAAAAUUAUGGACGACGAUAAGAGCAAAUCACUAGACCGCAAUGAAUUUGUAAAGGCGCUGAGAGACUUUAGGCUUGAUGUUACUGAAGAAAACGCGAGAAAAUUGUUUAGAUAUUUUGAUGUGGAUGGGACUGGGACUAUUGAUUAUGAAGAAUUCGUGCAUAGACUGAGGGGUGAAAUGAGCAACGCCAGAAAACAGAUGGUGCUUCAAGCUUUUAACAAGUUGGACAAAACUGGGGAUGGGUUUAUAACAGUAGAAGACUUGAAAGGAGUUUACAGUUCAGCAUCACAUCCUGAUGUAAGGAUGGGCAAGAAGACUGAAGAUGAAGUCCUGUGUGAGUUUUUAGAUACUUUUGAAAUUCAUCAUAGUUUAUAUAAAGGAGGAAAAAGAGAUGCCAAAGUAACGAAAGACGAGUUUCUGGAGUAUUACGCACAUAUUUCUGCUUCCAUUGAUGACGAUAGAUACUUUGAACUUAUGCUGAGAAAUGCUUGGAAUUUUGAUAACAGGACUCAACAAAAAGCAUGGAGAGGAGAGUAUUAA